AUGCCUCCCGUGAAAUGGAACGUCUUGCUGAGGAACCCUUUUACUUUCCUCAAGGUGGUGACUCUGGCUUCUUUGAGAAGUACUGUCCUGCUCUUGACCCGUAUCAUUUUGCCAUUUCGCAUCCGCAAACUCACCUUGCGUAAUGCAUUGGCACGUGAAUGGAUUUAUACCGCUCAUGAGGCAAAUUCCGACAUAUUCUGUUCCGAACCUAGAAGGCACGGGUGCCAGGAAAUCGUCUUUGCCGCCGGAGAGUACAAUACGCCGCUCGGCCAGAAGAGUGCAGUUGGAGGCUGGGUGCUACCUGACACUCCAGUCGCCGAGUUGAAGAACAAGGAUGCAGUCAUCUUAUUUGCUCACGGCGGUGGGUACGCCAUCGGUCACGGAUUGCAGAAUUCUACCAUGUUUCCUCGCAUAAUCGGCAAGGCCAAAGCCCGAGGUCAGGAUAUUGCAUAUGUGACAGUCAAGUAUCCCUUGUCAACAACCAAGAGGUGGCCGGCACAAAGAGAUUCCUACAUGGCCAUGUACGAAUGGCUACUCGAUCAAGGUGUGCCAGCAUCUAAAAUUGUCUUCUCAGGUACAUCAGCAGGAGGUGGUUUGAUUCUCCUCGCCAUGCUCUACAUUCGCGACCAUACAAAUCUUCCACAGCCUCGAUGCGCCGUGGCUCAUUCUCCAUGGACAGAUGUCACCAGCGCUCUGACAGGAAUCAAGGGCCAUCCUCUUCUGGACACGGAUUACAUUCGAAAAUACGAUCAAUCAUUCAAAGCCAUGAAUGACAUACUCAGACCCGAGGGACUACCAUUCGACACGCCAGAGAUCAGUCCCGUCCUCAAUCCUGACGUGUCACGACUACCACCCCAGCUGAUCUUCUACGGCGACGCCGAGAUCUUGAUGACUGAUAGCACUCGAUGGAUCAAACGGUCGAGGGAUGCUGGCGUCAGAAUCAAUGAGUACAUUGGCAAAGGAGAGAUGCACACUUUUUCCAAUGGAUGGCCUGUGGGAGGAAGACAGACAGAGGACGGGUGCGACGAGGCCAUGCUUACGUAUAUCAUUACUGAGUUGGCCCCUCCUGUAUGA